GGCAAUUAUGCCUGAGCCAGUGUUAUGUAGGAAUUCAUAGAAUGAGGAAAUAGCUAAGGAAAUCAUUUUAAUGCAUUUUAAAAUUGUGGUUUCCUUUCUUUUUCUUUUUUAAAUUGUAGUUUCCUUUUAAUUAAAAAGAAAGAAAAAAAUCUGUUCUGCAGGCAUUAAGCAAACCAAUUCUCCAAAGGAUAACCCAACAAUGGGCUUUAAAAAAUACACGUUGGCUGAACUGUUCUUCAACUUUAGUGAUCCACACACUUUGAGGAGGAGUUUCAUUUCUCAGCAGAGCAGAGAUCAGCAACGUCUUGUUUUUUGUUUUGCCGCCCAUCUGCAUGUGCUUGUUUCGGCAGUAUGCAACAUGCUUCAACAGUGGCAUCUACUUAAUAUGGACUCUUUUGGUUGUAGUGGGAAUUGGAUCUGUCUACUUCCAUGCAACCCUCAGUUUCCUGGGUCAGAUGCUUGAUGAACUGGCAAUUCUUUGGGUUCUGAUGUGUGCUCUGGCCAUGUGGUUCCCCAGAAGGUAUCUACCAAAGAUCUUUCGGAAUGACAGGGGCAGGUUCAAAGCGGUGGUCUGUGUCCUGUCUGCGGUUACAACAUGCCUGGCAUUUGUCAAGCCCGCCAUCAACAACAUCUCUCUGAUGACACUAGGGUUUCCUUGCACUGCGCUGCUCAUUGCAGAGCUAAAGAGGUGUGACAACGUGCGUGUAUUUAAGCUGGGCCUCUUCUCUGGCCUCUGGUGGACUCUUGCCCUCUUCUGCUGGAUCAGUGACCGAGCCUUCUGCGAGCUGCUGUCAUCCUUCCACUUUCCAUACCUACACUGUGUGUGGCACAUCCUCAUCUGCCUGGCUGCCUACCUGGGCUGCGUGUGCUUCGCCUACUUUGACGCUGCCUCAGAGAUCCCUGAGCAAGGCCCCGUCAUCAAGUUCUGGCCCAGUGAGAAGUGGGCCUUCAUUGGUGUCCCCUAUGUAUCCCUUCUGUGUGCCAGCAAGAAAUCGCCGGUCAAGAUCACGUGAUGGCCAGAUGGGGCACACAUUGUAUCUUUCCUGGCAUCGCUUUCAGAUGCAGGGGCUUGUCGUGCGGCGUCCUUUCUGGCGGUGGCAGAGCAGUCCCUCUGGGUGACCCAUCACUGCGCAGUGCUUCGCCUUCUGGAGAGCUUCCCUCUCCAGACCCUACCAUUCCCAGGCAUUCGUGGCUAGACUCUACUGUUGAUGGACAGACCCUCCAACAAGUAAGACCCUGUGACUAUCUGAUGGAAGAUGCCAGAGAUUUUCAUCUGGGGAACCUAUCCUUAAACAAAACUGAGCAAAUGAAACAUAUGCAGGGCUUGUGGCCAAGGAAGCUGGUUUUCCACUUGCUCCUCUCAACGCACCCAGGUUUUACAUGCCUUUGUGAAUCCUAACUACCUCUGCUGAGAGAUGGAGACUUGACUUCAGAGGAGGAUAAAAUGAGAAAAACCCUCUGUGCCAAAAACUACCUUCCACUUUAAGCCAUUCUGGAAGAUAAGCACAAUUUCUAAAGGUUGACAUCUCCCUUUUCCCACCCCAUUUCCGGCUCCAUAGCCUGAAAUAUACAGAGAAGAGUAGUUGCAACGUGAACAUUCCACACAUCAACCCAACUCUUCAGUGAGCUUGACCUCUAUAAGAUCGCCAAAGGGCUAGUUCCAGUCAUGGUGGGAUUUCUGGCUCAAAACUUGGAGCAAACAUAAAGUUUUUUUGAGACUUUUUCUCAUUUGAAGCCUCCAGUAUGUUACAUUAUUUUGGAAAUUACCUUCAAAAAGCUCGCCUCUUCUUUCUUUAAUAUUUACCAUGGGAAUCAGGUUCCAUGUUCUCAGUGUUCAAGGUGCUUCCUGUGGUUUCUCACAGUGUUUGACUGUUGGCUUUUCUCAAGUGCUGGCAACAGCUACACACUGAUUGGCUGAUGUGGGUGGCUUACGCAGCAGGGAAAAAUCUGUUGCCUUCUGAGGUUUUCUAACCUAAAUUGACACUGGCUACAACUAACGUCUGCUGGGCUAAAUGGAAGACUCCAAAACUGUCCGCAAGGUUUAAGGUGGGAAUUACGGACCUCAGGGAUACCCAUUUUAACUCAGGCAUCCUGCUUUAUAACAUUCCAUUGUGGGGAGAAGGCGGGACAGACGUGUUUUUCCUGUGUGGACAGGAGUUACAUCAUCUAUCUUAAGUAUACGCAGUCCCCUGAUUUGACUUACAGACAGCUUGUACUUAAGAACAGACUGCCACAAAGUCUAUUGUAUUAAAAAUUUGAGUUAAGUACAAUCGUUUGUAAUAACCAGCGCAUGCACUACUCUCUCUUCAGUACAGUACCAUAUGUAGUUAAUUUUAUUAUUACUAUAUUAUUAUUACAUACUGUAUUAUGUUUAAGAUAUUUUAGUGUAUUUGGAAGUGUUUUUUAAGUGUUUUAUAUGCAUAGAAAGGUAAAAUAUAUACUAUAUACCAGGAUGAACAUUUGACUGACACUAAAUAAGAACCGUAGGUACCUGUUCUGAGUUACCUACAGAUUCUACCUAAAGACAGACUCAGGAAUGGAUCUCAUUCAUAACCUGGGGGCUGCCAGUAUCUACAAGUUGGGCAGUCAGAGUUUUUGGCAUGUCCAGGAAUUCUUACUCUGGUUAGAAUUUGCCCAGGAUCCAAGGCUAAAAGCCGAGUAAGGAACUAAAUUUAGAAUUGAGAAAUUAAUGACGUUGUCUACUACUGUGAUUUUCUAAUUAUUUUAGCAACAGAACUCUGUUUGCAGUAAGAAAUCUUCAUGGAACCCAGUGUAGGUUGUGUUUUAUUUAAGUUUAUUUUAAGGUUAAUUUGUAGCAUCUACUUAACAAUAUAUCAGGCAGUGAAAACGCAAAUGAACAAAUUGGUGGUUUCCAAGGUAGAAAAAUUUGGUAUUGGUGAGUGUACAUGUUGCUUUAUUAUCAUUUAAAAAAUAUUUUAAAAAUGAUAUUUGAAUUAAAUAUUUAUGGAACCUCUGAUGCACCUCUAUGAGACGUUGGUGGCUCGUGGAACAGAAUUUAAAGAUUGCUGUUAAGUCCCUUGGAUUCCAAGUCAAGACUCUUCCAAAAGAGAAAUGUCAGACCAUCCUUACUUCAGGUUGACCUUACUUGGUGUGGUUUCUGGUCUCAUCCAAUUCUGCUAUAUAAAAAUGCCCCCAAAUGGGAAAUUUGGGAGCAUUUUAAGCCUACCUGUCUUUAUUAUGGAAGCAGAGAUAUAGGGAGAUGGAGGGUGUAGGAAAUGUUUUUUGUGUGAGGUUUAAUUUCCGCCUAGAGACUUCCUUGGUGUUGGGAGCUUUGUCUCCACAGUCAAGAAGGGACUAUUUCUCCCUGUAAAGGUGAAGAACUUGUUUCCUGGGAGACUGGUGACACCCCCACCUCCAGCCUCCUUGCCCUUUAGACAGGUUCUGAGUUCCCUUUGGAAAUGGGGAUAUAAUGUGACUCUGUUGGGCAUAUUUGAGUAGGCUUGGAAGUGAGUGCUUUCACUUAGAGGGCUACUUCCACUUCUCUUCUUUGAGACAAAUGACUCAUUGAAGAUGUCAGAAUGAAUGCUUAUGAUAGGAAAAGCAGAAUGCCCUUCUAGAGGUUGGUUCUAAUCAGAGGGGGCUGAGAAAGAAGUAUGGAAUGGGGAGUAUGUGGGAGAACGAAACAUUACUUUUGAACAGAGAUCACUGUAGUGUGCCAGCCUGGAGUGGUAAAUCAAGAAAAUAGGACUAUCCCAAUCUUAUUUUAAGUUGGAUUUAUGGCAUCACUCAUAUACAUAAAAGCAAUGCUCUUUAAAGAAAAUAUGGACACUUCAGAAAAGUUGAAGAAAAAAAAAAAAAGUUGUCUGUAU